AUGACUUGGAUUGUAUAUAUGUGCAGACUCCCAUAUCCAGUACAACGCCUGUACCCAGACAAGCUUGUCGAAACACGUUUGGCCAACUUGGAGAAUGAAGUUCGUCUCCUCAAGAGACAAAAUAGGGGCAACUCCAAACACGAGCAAGAUGAUGAGAAUGAUGCCAUCACUUCAGACUCAACCCGGAGCGAUGUAGUGGCUCACGGAGAACUAGAUGAGACACACGCAUCGCCCGAUGCAACUGAUGGCAUUGGCUCAAUAGAGUUCAUGGACGAGAAUGACUCGGCAUAUUUUGGGCCAUCAUCUAAUAUCACAUUCAUGCGCAAAAUUAGACGUGGACUCACAUUCGUUUUGAAGGAUCGUUCUAUACAGCUCGACCCGGUACCCCGGAGGUCAAGGUCCCCGCCUCCGGCCUCGCUGGCGAUAUCUAGACCUCAGUCCCCCAGGUCCCGGCCAAGUGACCCCCACCCAAACGGAACUUCCAUGGCUGAUUCACUCAGUCUCCCAUCUCCAGCUGAAGCUCGUACUUUGGUGGAGACAUACUUUGCCACCACUGGAGUUUUGUUUCCCUUUGUUCACAAAGCCACUUUUAUGGACACAUUUGAGCAAGCCCGGCGAGCAAAUUUCAGAACACUGCGGCGCUCAUGGCUUGCCUUGUUGAAUAUAAUCCUGGCAAUGGCUACGACCAUCGAGUCGACUUUGUUUAUCAGUGCUUCAGAUCGAGCAGCACGCGCCGAAGUCUUCUUUGCCCGAUCAGAAGCCUUGUGUAUCAAGUUGACCAUGAGCGGAACGACUCUUGAAACAGUACAAACUCUUCUUCUCAUGGGGCUGUAUCUACAGGGCACCAAUCGAUCCGUCAAGACGUGGAACAUACAUGGGCUCGCGGUCAAGGCUGCGUUCCACCUAGGGUUGCAUUCGAACGACUUUUCUCGAAAGUUUUCGGCUAUUGACCGUGAAAUUCGGGCAAGAACAUGGUUCGGCUGUAUCGUUCUUGACAGGACGCUGAGUAUGACCUUUGGGCGACCAUCUGCCAUUCCAGAUAACUAUAUUAGGAUUCCCCUACCCGAGGGUCUGGGUUUCAGUUCCAGUAAAGAUAUUGAACAAGAAGAUUCAGAGGCUCUAAGCACGGUGUUCUUCAACGAAACAAUAAAGCUGUACAAAAUAAUGUGGCUGGUUCUCGAAAGCUUGUAUGAGAGCAACAUAGGCUCUCAAGGAGGGACUGGGAUGCUUACAAUGACAUCUGAUAUUUUGCGAGUCGAGCAGCAAUUCAUGGAAUGGCAGUCAUCAUUGAACCCGGCGCUCACCCUCAUAACAGCAAAACAUCUUUCUACAGACGAGGAAGAAUACUCACUUUCCAAGCGAUUGCGAGUCAUUCUAAGUCUGAGAUAUCAUAAUCUCUGCAUCCUGGCCUCUCGACCCUUUUUGGACUUUUAUUUACACAGAAUGGAGCGCCGCGAGCCAGACGAUCCCGAGACGUCCAUGAUAUUACAACUUGGGAGCCGGUAUUGUCGUACGUGUUUUGAGUCGGCCACAAACCUCAUCGAUCUGAUUCAUACAAUUUUCCACUCAUCCAAGCUUUCGCGCAAGCUGCUGGGUGCCUGGUGGUUCACCUUUUAUUACACCUUCAAUGCGACUUUGGCCAUUGCUGUUGUUAUGCUAAUCGACCGAGUAUGUGGCUCUGAGAACCAGAGUAUUUCGGGUAUCCCAGAGGCAACUUUGAAAGAGUCACUGGACAAAGCAAUUGAUUGUCUCCCUCUCGUGGACCCUGGCAACCAAAUGGUGUCCAAGUGCACUCAGGUGGCCUCCACUAUUCGGCGCUAUCUUGAGCUUUUGGCAUCAUCAAAUGGUCUCAAUGAGCAGCCAAUGGUUAGUGGGACGAUAGCAGUUGAGGCGGUCGAUGUCGAUGGAAUAGACGCCGCCGUGGUGGAAUUCCCUAUUGAUCCAAGUCAUAUUGGGCUCGAUUGGUUUCACCAAGGCUUUAAUCCAGAAUUGCAAUCAGAUGUAGUCGGCGGGCUCUACGACAUGGACCUCUUCUGUUGA